ACCACGUGAAGAGUUUCCGACGAAAGGAUUAGAAGGUGCACCGAGUAAUGAUAUAGGUUGGCACUUUGGUACUCCAGUGCCAAAUGCGAGAGGAAGCACUUCAUGUAAACUAUGUGGUAAAGUUGUGAAAGGAGGAAUAACACGAUUUAAAGAACACAUUGCUCAUAAAACUGGAAAUGUUGCACCAUGCCCUAAUGUUACUGGUGUCAUUAGAGAAAGUAUGAUGAAUUUAUUAAAAGAAUGCAACAAAAAAAUAGACAAAAAGAGGAGAACAGAAGAAUUCUUGUCCCAGUUAAGAGAAGAGGGGGAUGAAAAAUGAAGGAUUCAUUGAUGAGAUUGAUGCAAUUAGGCAAGCAACUCGAGAAAGCAUCAAAUCACAACAUGAGUGGCAUAGAAGAGAAGAAUUUAGACGAAGUACUGGUGGUUAGAGUAAUAUUUAUGAAGAAGGGCGACCUUCCCAUGGAUCAGUUGGAGGAUAUCGUCAAGAAAGAACAAGUAAAUCCAUCCCGAGUGAGUCUGAGUUUACCUUACGAGGAGCUACACCUGAAUUGGUUAGAAGUACAAGCUCAAAACAACCAAAGGUCAGUGGUUCUUUUUAAAGACUUUACUCAAGAAGAUAGGUGAAGCGGUAUCUAAAUUUUUAAUAUAUGAACGACUUCCUUUUCAAUUAGCAAGUUCUCCAUGGUUAUAUAAUUUAAUUCAAGUGUCAAUAGAAGUUGGACAAGGUGUAAAGCUGCCAAUACCUUAUGAGGUUUCAGAUGUGUAUUUGGAGUCAGAAUUUGAACGAGUUCGUGAUUGGGUAAAUAGAAUGAAGACUCAUUGGAAAGAUUUCGGUGCAACUCUAAUGUGUGAUGGUUGGACCAACAGUUUAAACCAAAUGCACAUCAUUAAUUUCCUUGUUUAUUGCAGUAAAGGAACCGUUUUCUGGAAAUCCAUGGAUGUCUCAAGUGUUCGUAGAAGAGAUGUUGAGUUCUACUACAACUUGUUAGAUUCAGUUGUAGAAGAAAUUGGAGAAAGCUACAUUGUCCAAAUAGUGACUGAUAAUGAGGUAGCAAUGAAAGUCGUUGGGAAAAAAAUAAUGUUAAAAAGAAAGCAUUUAUAUUGGACCUCAUGUGCAGCUCAUUGUUUGGAUUUAUGCCUUGAAGAUAUUGGAAAAAGGCCUAGUGUAGCAAAAGUGUUAGAAGAGGCUAAGAAAGUGACUUGUUUCAUAUACAAUCACAUUUGGACUGUUGAUCUAAUGAAGAAGUAUACACAAGGGAAGCAAAUACUUCGACCCGCUCUUACUCGAUUUGCAACCCAUUUCAUCCAGCUUGAAGAGAUAACAAGACAAAAGCAAGGUCUGAGAGAAAUGUUUAAUUCAAAGGAAUUUAAAGAAUCAAAAUGGGGACAACAAAAGACAGGGCCAACUUAUGAAGCUAAGAAGAUUAUUUUGGGAAAAGAUUUUUGGAAAAAAGCAAAUGACCUCAUAAAAGUUUACGAGCCCUUAGUGAAAGUAUUGAGGCUUGUGGAUAGUGAUGAAAAACCAACAAUGGGCUUUAUUUAUGAAGCUGUUGAUAGAACAAAACGGGCGAUUCAACAAGAUUGUCGAUAUUUCACCGAGUAUAAAAAGAUUAUUGAUAAUAGGUGGAAUUUUAUGCAUUCUGACUUGCAUUCAGCUGGUUAUUUUCUCAAUCCUCAAUUUCAAUUUGGGGUGGAACAUUCUGAUAAUGUAUUGAUAGAAACAUUAGAAGUUACAAGAUCAGUAAUUGAAAGAUUAGAACCUUCUCUUGACACUCAAAUCAGAAUGGUUAAUCAGUUGUUACUAUUUCGAGAUAAACAUGAGACAUUCGGUACUCCACAAGCACAGAGAGCUUGGAGGCAAAUGAAUCCAGCUGAGUGGUGGAUAAUAUAUGGCACAGGUGUUCCUGAGUUACAAAGAUUAGCAAUUAAAGUGCUUAGUCAAACAACUACCGCAUCAAAUUGCGAACGAAAUUGGAGCACAUUUAGCUAUAUUCACACCAAGGCAAGAAAUAUGUUGACGUAUAAAAGACUUGAGAAACUAGUGUUCACUUACUACAAUAUGAGGCUCCAGAUUAGACAUCAAAAAAGAACGAGCAUCGAUGAUAUAAACACUAGUUUUAAUCCUAUCAACCUUGAUCAUAUCUUUGAAGAUGUUGAUCCAUUAUCAGAAUGGCUUCAAGAGAAAGAGAAUACAUUGUUAGAUGGUGAAAUUGCCGGUGUGUUGCCUGUGGAUACCUCAGAUGAUGAAACGAAUGUUGAUGAAUCUCAACAACAAAAUUUGGCUCAUUCAAGUUCUAGUGCAACACCAAGUCAAAGUGGCGAUGGACUUGAUGGUGGUGGUUUAAGUCCAAUUGAUGAUGAUGAUGAUGAUGAUGAUAAUGGUGGUGGUGGUAGAGAUGAAAUUAGGUCUUCUAGUCGAUUUGGAAGAGAAUAUGGGGUUGGUACAACUAGUGGACAUUUUCGUGAUAGAUCAGAAUUUGGUGGAAAUAUAUCUCCGAAAUCUAGAAGACAUAGAAGUGAACCUAAAGCUCCAUCAAAAGGAAAAUGCAAGAAGCAUACUUCUGUAGGCUCUUUAUCUAGUAGAAGAUCAAGUUCUAGUAACCUUGGGCAGGGAGAUUCAUCUACUUGCACACAAGGUUUUUAUCCACCAGAACAAUUUCCAUAUUUCCAACCUUCACAUGGUUAUCCACAACCAUAUGGUUAUUAUCCAUUAUUUUCUAAUUAUGGUGUGCCAUAUCAACCUCAAAUGUAUCCUCCACCACCAAUGUAUCAACCACCUCCACCUCUUAUGUAUCCUCCUUAG